CAAUGUAAACACGGAUUGACAUCACGUUUCGAUCAAGAUUGAAAGUCAUUCUAGAUUCCUGUGAACACCCACUUACAAUGCACUAAUGAAUUACAAAGGAAAUAUAGUAGCACAAAAUUGCUUUCGUUAAAAAUUGCUACUUUGAUUGCUCAUGAGCAAAUGGAGGAUUACUAUUCGUAAGUUUAUGUUUCCGUUUGCAAUAUACCCUGAGAACUUUGUUGAAAAUGAAUAAAGUGGAGGCGGUUGUGCAAUUCUACAAACACAUCAGAGUCGAACUCAUCUACAAUAUCGUGUUUGAAAAGAAAAUUAUAGAAGAAGGCGAACUCUAUGAAGAAUUGAAAGGAAGAACAGGUUUAGACGACGCACAUCUUUUGAAGAUUAUACGUUGGUCUGAGGUAUCUAGUUUGUUGCGUGCUAUUCCAGACAUAGAAGUUGUUCUCGGUGCCAUUGUCUUACUUGAAAUUAAUACAAACAGCGUUCUGCAGCUUAUGAAUGAGACAUACUUAAUAAAAAAUCGGUUUCUAAAACUCACUGUAUCGCAAUAUCGUGAGACAGUGUUUAGGGCAUGUAGUGAAAUUAUAAAGAAAAACAAUCGUAACUUUUCUGACUUGACCAGCUGUCGUGACAAACAGACCGGAAAUACGCCAUUACAUUUGUUGGCGUCUCUUCCAGCAAUCAGUUUUAAUGCCAACCUACUCAAGUAUUUACUACAGUCUGGAGUAGACCCGUUUGCCGCGAAUAACGAAGGCCAAACUUUCUUGCAUAUCCUAUUGGGAAGAUAUAAAACAGUGAGCAAUUACGAUGAUUUUUACCCUUAUAAGAGACUACCAACUACGAAGUGGUUUAAACAAGACAACACAGCCGUUCUUCAAAUUCUUGAUCACAUACCGCCUUCUCAAGUGUCCUUAUUGACAAAAGCGCAAGAUAAUGAAGGCAAUACCUUGAUGCACGAGUUUGCCUCAUCCGCCAUCUUGCAGGGUGAACUUGUUGAAGGACAAGAGGUUUGCAGGAAGUUACUCGAAAUCGACCAUGGGCAAAGUUUAAGAAUUCCCAACCAUAAAGGUAAUGUUCCUCUUCAUUGUCCUUGCGAUCCUGCGAUCUUUAACAUACUCGUUGAAUCGCAGCCGGCAUGUUGUCGUGUAAGAAACGAUCGAGAUGAAACACCAUUAUUGUGCAUAUUGAAAAAAUCCGUUUUAUUUGCGUUUGGUCGAACGCUUGUAUUAAACGAACUCCGAGAAGAAGGUGAUGUUGGAUACAACGACUUAGUGGAUAGUCCAGGCCUGACCAAAGCCAUUGAUUUGAUCCAAAAUCUCAUAAAAGUUCAUGCCCCCAACGAAAAAAUCUUCAAAAGUGUUUGGAUUGCCGACCAAGAUGGUAAUACUGCCAUUGAUGUCGCCCUGAUCGCCAUUCGGAUUGGAUCUUAUGAUUUGAACAACACAAGCUGUCAAAUGGCGGAACUUCGUUCGUCGAUGGUGACACUGUUGGAUAAAAUGCUUUCUCUUGCAAAUCCGGAAGACGUAAGACGGAAAAACAAGCGAGGUAGAACAUUCCUUCAUCAGCUGUUGGACAUCAAACAAGCUGUCGUCAAGGAAGCGUAUGUACUCCAAGCCGUUGAAAUCCUCCUACAACACAAUGUUGAUGUAAAUGCCGUUGACGUUCAGGGGCGUUGUGCAAUGAACAUGAUUUGCAAAGUCUACGAUAAGUCCCCAAGUUUUUUCAACAAGUGCGCCGACUUACUUUUGAUAAACGGGUCAUUAGUCAAUGAGAUUAACCAUGUCUUGCCCUUUUCUUCUUCUUCCGGAAACAUGACGCGAAAGUUGCGGUCAUGCCCCAAGCGUCACUUAGAACACGCCAAUCGUUUAGCUCGUGGAAAUGGUGCGAUAACAGUUGUCGACAAGUAUCGUUAUCUUCGUCAAGAGUCUAUUGGAUCCGGAGCGUUCAGUAACAUAUUUGUCGCAAUCAAAGAUGAAAACGUAGACAACAUAUCUGGUACCAUUCAGUGUCGGGCAUAUGCUUUGAAACGAAUCGAUAAAGCAAGGAUUACUCCUGAAGAAAUCAAACGCGAAACGACUGCAUUGCUUUCUUUGUCUGGCAAAUGUGAGAAUAUCAUCAAGUAUCACGAUUCUCUGGAAGAUACAUUCUUUCAGUAUCUUGUCCUUGAUUUAAUGGAUGGUGAUCUUAAUGAAUUCGUUGGCAACAUGGAAGCCAACUCGGUUCUAAGGAACGAUCCAAGUCAAUGUGUAGAAGUAACAAAACAGAUCAUCAAUGGAUUGGCGUUCCUGCAUCACAAUGGUUUCAUCCAUCGCGAUCUCAAACCUGGAAACAUCCUGUAUUCAACGGAGCAUCAUCUGCAUUUCAAAAUUGCAGACUUUGGACUUGCUAAAGAUAUCUCGGCUUUAUCGACCAUGACCUCGACACGUGGAAAUGCGGUUUUAAUGGUAGCUGGUAGUCGAUGCUGGAUGGCACCAGAAUUAGUCAGCAUGAAGUCAUUGAAGCACACCAAACAGUCAGAUAUCUUUUCUUUGGGUUUGAUUCUUCAUUAUCUGAUGUCAUUUGGGAAACAUCCUUUUGCUACUCCAGGUGACGAACGUCCUCACGUUGUUGAAAGGAACAUCGAGGAGAUGAACGGCAACCUUAAAAAUGAUCUUCAUCCCGAAGCGGUAAGUUUUCUUGGGGCAUUGUUGAAUGUACAGCCAUCGAGAAGAACACCAGCUGCGUAUCUCAAUCAACAUCCUUUCCUCUGGAGUGACCACAAGAAGAUGGAAUUUCUCAGAGCAGUUGGCGAUCAACCAGAAGCUAUAAAACCGGGUAACUUUUUGCUUUCGGAAAUUGAACAGUGUCUACAAAAAACACGAACCGGUAAAUCCUUUCAACUGAAACCAUGGAGUAAAGAAAUACCAAUGCUGCAUCAGGAAAUAAUUACUGCAUGGAAACAGAAAAACUACAGAACAAAUAAUGUGAUCGAUCUGGUAAGAUUCAUUCGUAAUGCUUACGCGCACAAACAAGAAAGAUCAAUGUGGUUUCAACAAGUGCUGGACAACAGCAUCUUUCUUCGAAAAUUUCCACGUCUUGUUCUCGAUGUGUUUGGUGUUGUACAACGAUUAGAACUUGAAUCUCGAAACACCAUUCAUUCAGCUUUAAGCUUGUGAUUGCAGAAAAUUGGUAAUUCGAGGAGGGGGGAAUAGCUGACAUUCAUAAAUCCGUAAUGACACAAUCAAUUUCAAAAGAAAUUUUAAAGUAGUAUUUUCUAUUUUUUUA